AUGUUGACUGCACAAUCUUGGCAAACAUCAGCACAUCGAGAAUUUGUCGAGAAUCGCAUUUUCUUUUUCCCAAGAACAAUCAGGAAUGGACUCCACGAUUUCCCUCUUUUCGAACUCCCUGUUAUCGAAUGCUCCGAUUUCUUUCUGAAUGUCCUUGAAAUCAAGACUUUGACGUGA